GCCGUUUUGCGGUGGUACACAUUUCCAAGACGCGAAAGUGCAGCCGGUAUUUGUGUCCCCCUCCGCCCAAAGUCAUGGCGGUUUCAGAGCUGUUAAGAACUUUUCUAUACACCGUCAACAACCUGUUACAACAGGAGAAACACAAAGCGACCUUGGCAGUUCUCAAAGGCUUCCGAAAUGGCGCCGUAUACGGAGCCAAAAUCAGAGCACCGCAUGCUUUUGUGAUGACCUUUCUAUUCCGGAGUGGAAGUUUGACAGAUAAACUCAAGGCCAUUUUGAAGGCAACGUACACACACUCCCGCAACCUGGCGUUCUUCGUGUUUACGUACAAAGGACUGCAGGCCUUGCAGGAGAAGAUCCAGGGGAAGAGUCUGCAAUCACAUGCCUUUCUGGCUGCCUGUGUCGGAGGAUGGUUGGUGUUUGGCGAUAACAACAAUAUCAACAGUCAGAUCAACAUGUACUUGCUGUCCAGGAUUCUGUUCGCCUUGUCCCGGCUGGCCGUGGAGAAAGGCGUGGUACCCCAGCCAAAACACGACCCCUUCCCGCUGUUCGCCACACUGGUGUGGGGUGUGGUCUUAUGGCUCUUUGAGUAUCAUCCGCAUACCCUCCAACCCUCGCUGCAGUCAUCCAUGAACUACCUCUACCAUGACAGCAACGUGUGGCACGACAUCUCUGACUUCCUCAUUUAUAACAAGCCUAGGACUUCUGCUAGCAAAUGAAGACUUUUUUGCUUCCUUUAUGGACCGGUACGCUGGAAUAAGCACUGGAUUUCUUGUGAUUACAUUUUCCCAGAAGAAAUAAGUGGAAUAGAUUUAAUCAAAUCCAGGAGUCAAACCUUUGCCAUCAUGAAACUUUCAAGUCCUGUACAUGUAAUGUUUUUAAGAAACAUUUUCACUUAUUAGCAUGUAGGCCACACAGUCAGGACAUUGGGAAGAUAUCUCUGUGUGGAGUUUGCAUGUCCGUGCAUUCGUGGGUUUUCUCCGGGUAUUCCGGUUUCCUCCCACAUUCCAAAAACAUGCUUGGUUAAUUGGCGACUCCAAAUUGUCCAUAGGUAUGAAUGUGAGUGUGAAUGGUUGUUUGUCUAUAUGUGCCCUGUGAUUGGCUGGCGACCAGUCCAGGGUGUACCCCGCCCGAAGAGAGCUGGGAUAGGCUCCAUCAUACCCCUGCGACCCUGAUGAGGAUAAGUAGCAUAGAAAAUGAAUGGAUCGAUUUUUGCUUAUUUAAUUGUGGUGUAAUAGAAAAAUAAGUGAUACUUAACUGUAAUCAUAAUGCACUGCUUUUGUCUUAUUCUCAUCAUUGUCCUUAUUUUUCUUCAGUCUUCAGUGACUUGUUUAUAAUCUAAAGAAGCCAACAAAAAAAUCAAUUAUCGUCUUAGCACAAUUAUUAUACUUUUUUAAACCAUAUUUUCCAUGGAACCUUAGCUCAAAUUCCCAGUGAUUUGACUCCUGACCCAUUUGUACUCCCAA